GUUGAAGAGCCGGCGAGAAAAUUGUCGGGAAAAAAACCUAAGCGAAAAUCCACGGCUCACGUGACCCACACUCCACCUUCCCUCGACGCUUUUUCUCUCCGUGAACUUUUCGCAGCCAACGCCAACUUCAACAAGCCGUCGACAAUAUCCCGCGCAGGUCACACCACGACAAACAAAUAAUUCAAGAUGGGUCGCCUCCACAGCAAGGGCAAGGGAAUUUCUUCCUCCGCCGUCCCCUACUCCCGCAACCCUCCUGCGUGGCUCAAGACCACCCCCGACCAGGUUGUCGACCAGAUCUGCAAGCUCGCCAAGAAGGGUGCUACUCCUUCCCAGAUCGGUGUUGUCCUUAGGGAUAGCCAUGGCAUUGCCCAGGUCAAGGUUGUCACCGGUAACAAGAUCCUCCGUAUCUUGAAGUCCAACGGCCUCGCUCCCGAAAUCCCUGAGGACCUUUACUUCUUGAUCAAGAAGGCCGUCUCCGUCCGCAAGCACCUUGAGCGCAACCGCAAGGACAAGGACAGCAAGUUCCGCCUCAUUCUCAUCGAGUCCCGCAUCCACCGUCUGUCCCGCUACUACAAGACCGUCGGUGUCCUCCCCCCUACCUGGAGGUACGAGAGUGCCACCGCCAGCACCCUCGUCGCAUAAGCUUCCUUAUAUGUGGUUUUCGUGGUGUAUUGUGGUUGGAUGUCAGGCGUUACUCGUUCUAGGACAAGGAUCCCGGACCUCGUCUAUAAGAGGCAAGGUUGAGACAGCCAUGUUUCUUUGUUCCCACAAUCUGGAAGAAGGUUAUGUAGGGCAUAGCGUUAGGCUACCGAAUACAUGAUUGUCGUCUAUCCUUGGCGAUGAGAGUCUGAUAAACUAGACAAAUUUAAUGAAUAUCCA